AUGCUUCUGCUGCUGAGCCCCAAAGAGGGAGAUGGUGAAAGCAAAAUGCAAGAAUCACAAGACUUGCUGGUCCCCCCUUCUUGCCAAGCAAAGACGAUCGAGAAAGGUUGCGAAAAGGUCAAGGAUCAGUGCACUGUGUUGCUGUGCCUGCUGGACCAGACGUGUAACAAUGAACUGAAUUGUGUGUUUUCCUGCAACCAUUUUCCAGUGUGUGGCACCACUCCUCUGUACACCAGGAUUGUUGGAGGUCAAGAUGCUCCAGCUGGAAGUUGGCCAUGGCAAGUUAGUCUGCAGAGAUUUGGUGGCCAUGUUUGUGGCGGUUCCCUCAUCAACCAAGAGUGGGUGAUGUCUGCUGCUCACUGCUUCUCCAGUGCAAGUAUGUCUGGUUGGAGCGUUUCUCUGGGUCUUCAGAGCCUACAGGGUGACAACCCAAACCAAGUGUCCAGAACUGUUUCCACCAUCAUUUUGCAUCCAGACUACGACAGCUACACCAGCAACAACGACAUUGCUCUGCUCAGACUCUCCUCACCAGUCAGCUUCACAGACUACAUCAGACCUGUGUGUCUGGCAGCGAGUGGCAGUGUGUUCAACAACGGCACUGAUAGCUGGGUCACUGGCUGGGGUGCAGUCCAGGAGGGAGGUGAGUCUGGACGUUUGCUGAUCAUUACUUUUGGUUGAGGUCACUGUUCAUGU